AAAAAUUCCAAGCUGUUAUCCAAAUUAUUAACCCAAAAAUCCAUUCACAUUUCACACUUGAAAAGAAACACACCCCCCCAAUACAAUACUCCCCCCACCAUUUCCUCCCUAGUUUUGUUCAAUAAAAAAGGAAACAGAAUAUGUGAAUAGUUUUAUGGAGAAGAAGAACGAGAAUAAUCCCAUGGCGAAUAUGAGAUUUUCCGAUGAGAUUCCGUCAGUCUUUGGUGGUGGUGGUGGUGGGAGCAUCUUUGACAUGGCAGGAACAUCAUGUGAAGGCAGUGGUGGAGAUAAGUGGGGGUCAUUGGGUUUCAUGGAUUUGCUAGGUAUCCAUCAAGAUUUUGUUGCUCCUUCUUUAUUCGAUUCUUUUCAGCCUUCGAUUCUUCCACCAUCCUCACCUCCAUUACCAGUGUUUCACCACCAUGAUGAUGAUAUAUUACACGAACCCCACACUGACUCUAAGCAGCAGCACCUCAAUCAUCAGGCUGGUCUUUUGUCGCCGGCUUCCACCGUGCCGGAAUCUUCCGAGGUCUUGAACAACCCCGCGACGCCAAACUCUUCUUCCAUCUCUUCUUCUUCCAAUGAAUUAGCUGCAAAUGAUGAGCAAACCAAAGCUGAGGAUGAUGAAGACAAGACAAAGAAACCGUUGAAACCCAAAAAGAAGAAUCCAAAAAGGCAAAGGGAACCCAGAUUUGCCUUCAUGACCAAGAGUGAUAUUGAUCACUUAGAUGAUGGCUAUAGAUGGAGAAAAUAUGGGCAAAAAGCUGUGAAAAACAGCCCUUAUCCCAGGAGCUACUAUCGUUGCACUACGGCAGGAUGUGGGGUGAAGAAGAGAGUCGAGAGGUCGUCCGACGAUCCGACCAUCGUCGUCACGACGUACGAAGGCCAGCAUACGCAUCCAUGUCCGAUAAUGCCUCGAGGGGCCAUCGGAAUCGCACCGGACUCCGCCGCUUUCGGUGCUCCAUCUUUCAUUAUUCCUCAACCUAUGUACUUAAACCAUCAACAGCAGCAGCAACAACAAUUACAACCCUAUAUAUAUAACUCAACCCCUUCUUUGAACAUCACCACAGCUAGCUCAAACAUAAUCCAUCCCCCGUUCCCUGGUUUUCUUCAAGAGAAACCACGAUUCAGUAACCCAAAUCCUUCAGCUUUAUCACAUAGAGACCAUGGGCUUCUUCAGGAUAUUGUUCCCUCACCGAUGAGGACAGAAGCAAAGGAAGAAGAUCAGUAGGAAAAAAAAAGGGUUUUUAAUUAUGUGUUUACUACUGCAGGUAUUGGAGUACAUACAAUGCAUGGAGGGUUCAAAGACAUGAAUACAACAGUAUAACUUUUAACCAUUCCUCCACCAUUAAUUAGCUUUUUGGAUCUUCCUUUUUAAGCUAAUUAACAGGGAAGAGAUGGAGGGUCAAUAAAUGAUGGAAUAUGAACAACUUAGCAAGGAAAUGGAUAGUGCUAUAAUCUCUAGAUAUUACAAGGAAUGGCGAGAGAUUUUUCCCAUAUAUCACUGUCUCAGCAAUAUUAAGCUCUAGGAACAAGGUACAGUACUCCUCAACAUGCUAAGCUACUUAUAUAUAUGUAUAUAUAUGUGUGUGUGGUCAUACGUAUAAAGAUAUUGUAUUUAAAGCAGAGUUAUGAAGAAAGUUAAACUUUCGGAAUACAAAUAGCAAUAGCUCAUAUAUAUAAUAUAGGGCAAUAUUCAGUUUGCAUGCAUACCUUUGGAUUUCAUUUAAAAGAAUAUUUCAUACCCACCAUAAGCUUAUAUUCUUUUGUUGAAAUUAUAUAUGCACUAGCAUUAUAUAUACAUAUAUGUAUAUGUGAGUGUAAUGUAUGUAUGUUUACAUGUGUAUCAUUGCAUAUUUGCAUUAUAUACAUAAUUUAUAACAUCAGUUUUGAAUUAAAUCACGGAAUAACUCUUAAUUGUUAUUCUUUAUCAAAUAA